AUGAAGCCACGAGAGGCCUUGCCCUCGCUCUAUAAGCGAGGAGUCUCUGAUUGGACGAAAAAUAAGGGAAGUGGUUCAAGUGAAUCCGAAGGAAAGUUUACUAUUAGUCCUCGUAAGUAUUAUCACCACAACAAUAAUCAAUUAAAACUUAAGAUUCAGAAUUUACGUCAUCGGCAAGUAACCAAAGACGAAGAGGCUCUCACCAGAGAGACAGUGCGGAAUAAGUCCAAACUCGUCGUCAAGGUCGCAUCAACUGACGCGAAACUUGCCGGCCUUACCCUCACCUUAGUUCAAAGUCUGACAUUUAUGAAUCCACAGCGUGCCAUUCAACGCUCAUAUUCGAACCAUCACGCUGCAUUAAUGAGUAUUUUAUUAACUCACCCUGUCUGAACUAAGACUGCUGCUAGGAUGGAUUGUAAUACCAAUGAAACAUUGACAAUUGAAAUAAUGAUGAUCCGAC